AUGAUGAUAAGCUGGAAUGUUCGAGGGCUGGAUAAACAUGUUAGAAGCAUGGAGGUUGGAGCCCACCUCACGAUGAAUAAGGUUAGUUGUGUUGCUUUGCUUGAAACUAGAGUAAAAAUAAAUAAUAAAGAGAAGAGUAGAAAGCAUCUGGGAUUAGACUGGCAUUUUAUUGAUAAUUAUGCACACCAUUUAAAUGGUAGAAUUUGGCUUGGAUGGGAUCACAGACUUUGGCACAUCAAAGAGAUAGGAGCUUCUGAUCAGUAUCUGCAUUGUGAAGUAUCCAAUAGCAGAGAUGAUUUUUCUCAUUUCCUAACUGUUAUAUAUGCUCAAAAUCAAUUGACUAAUAGAAGGAAACUUUGGGCUGAUUUACAGACGAUUGGGAUAUCUAUAUCUAAACCAUGGAUCAUUAUUGGUGAUUUUAAUAAUGUUUUGAGGAGUGAUGACAGGAUUGAAGGGUCUGAAGUCCAUGAGUUUGAAUAUAGGGAUUUGGAAUACCUGAUGGAGUCUUUAGGUUUGUUUGAACAUGAUACUAAGGGUCCUCACUUUACUUGGUCGAAUAAACAUGCUGAUGGUUUAAUCUACUCAAGGAUAGAUAGGGCCCUGUGCAACAGGCAGUGGUUCACAAAAUACCAGGAUAGUGUUAUUGAGAUUCUUCAACCACAUAUCUCUGACCACUCUCCCCUGAAACUCAGUCUAGAGACCACAACUGUGAGCCUGCAUAGAAGGAGAUUCCAAUUCCUAAAUGUGGUAAUUGAAAAUCCAGAGUAUAUGGAGCAAUUGAAAAAUAGUUGGCAACAAGAGAUUGUGGAGAGGCCUAUGUUUAGACUUUGGAAGAAAUUGAUUAGGCUCCAACCUGUUAUGAAGGCUCUUAAUAAGGCUGUCACUGAGGAGGUGAGGAAAAUUCAAGAGUGUCGUGAUAAACUAGAUCAGGCCCAAAAAAUGCUCCAGUCUGAUGUUAGGAAUCCUGAAUACUGUAGGAUGGUGAAACAUUGGACUGAGGAGUUGUUGAAGCAGACUGAGCUGGAAGAGAAAAUUUUGAAGCAAAAGGCCAAGAUUGACUGGAUUCAGUUAGGUGAUGGCAAUAAUGCAUACUUUUUUGCUAAUCUGAAAGCAAAGAACAAGUAA